AUGGAGGCAACAGAGAAUCGAGUGGUGAUUGCAUCAUCAUCACAAAUAAAGAGAAGAAAAAUAAGAAGAAUAAUAAGAAAAAGAAGAAGAAGAAACGAGAAGCCUGUGAUUGCUCCACCAUCAUUACCAACCGACGUGAUAGAGGAAAUAUUCUUGCGACUUCCAGUGAAAGUCCUAAUCCGACUCAGGUCGCUCUCAAAACAAUGGAGAGGGACACUGGAGUCCCUCUCUUUCGCAGAGAGACACUUGAAGAUCGCCAAGCAAUCCCACGUGAAAGUCAUGGUCAUCGGCGAAGAAGAUCACCUAAAGGGGACUCGAGGGUAUAUUCCUCACCCAGAUACAAACGUUGGUUUUAGAACAUUCUGCCCGGAAUCAGGUUCUCUUCUAUCCUUUACUCUUAUCAAUUUCCCUCAAGGAUUCGGUGACUGGAUGUACAUCUCUGGAAACUGCAAUGGCCUUUUCUGCAUCCAUUCCCCAAAAUAUCAAUCCAUAUAUGUAGUUAAUCCAGCUACACGGUGGCUCCGAAAACUUUCUCCAGCUAGGUUUCAGAUUCUGAUGCACAAAUUCAACACGACUAUAGAAGAUUGGAUGAAAAUAAUUAAUUCACUCUUUCAUCUAGCAUUCGUGAAGACUGCUGCUGAUUACAAAUUAGUGUGGUUGUAUAAUUCUGAUAAGUACAAUGUUGAUGCUUCAUGUCCUAACAAGGGAGUUACCAAGUGUGAGAUUUUUGACUUUAAGGCAAACACUUGGAGAUACUUGGCUUGCACUCCAAGUUAUCGUAUAUUUCCUACUCAAAAGCCAGCCUAUGCAAAUGGGUCGGUGUAUUGGCUCACGGAACCACAUGAGGGCAGAACCGAAGUGGUGGAUUUUGAUAUCCACACGGAAACAUUCAGGUUGCUGCCGAAGAUCAUUCCGGCCAUUGCUGGUUCAGAUCCUCGCCAUAUUGACAUGUGUGAUCUGGAUAAUCAUUUAUGUAUGUCCAAAAGGGAGCAUGUUACCAAGAUCCAAGAGAUUUGGAGGUUGAAACCAUCAGAAGACACUUGGGAGAAGAUUUUUUCCAUAGAUCUCCUUUCUUGUCCUUCUCCUCGGACUGAGAUCCGAGAUCGGUUUGAAUGGAGCCACAAGGAUUUGGUUGAGCCAUCCUCACCAGUGGCAGUAUGCAAGAACAAGAAAAUAUUGCUCUCACAUAGCCGUUCCCGCGGUCUGGUAAAAUAUGACCUCCUAACAAAGUCUCUAGAUUUCUUUUACCGGGAUCAUUUGGCUCGGAGAAAAGUUACUUAUUUUCAAAGUUUGAUAUCUCAUAUCUAA